ACAUCGAAAACAAAUGCGGAAGCUAUUUGUAGCCUACGUGCACGAUAUGUGGAUGACUAGGCAGAGCGGUGCGCCUGGUUCACCCGGAACAUUUUGACGAGUGCUCCUGAAGUCCUUCACAUUCAACCAAUCAGACCCACGCCCCUACAGAAAGCUUAAGUUUUCGUUUUUUAGCUAGCUAGCGACAAGUAGCCAACAUUUGGCAGUCGGAACAGCCACAAGCCAAAACAUUCACUUGUCGAUCUGUUUAGUAUACAUUAUCAUCUAGAGAAGUGGACUCGAGGGCGGGGGACGCCGGAAACGAUAUACCUCGCAUACUUGCUCGGUAGCCGGUGAAAAUCAUAUGAAGUCAGCUAACGUAGCCAAUCGCUUGCUAACAGGAAGAGUUGGACUAGUGGCUGCUGCUGCCAAAGUUAGGAAAAGUCUACGGAUUUGUUUUUGCGUGUCAUGGUUUGUGUCGGAUAGAAAUGGAUCUUGAGGUUGUCCACAUCACAGCUGGUCUUAAAUAGAGGACGAGCCCGCUUCGCGCUGCCCUAAUCCGUAGUUGUCAGCUAACCUGCUUUGGAGAAUCGAAAGAGGUGCCAAGUAGUUAACGCUAACUUAGUGAACUACCUUAACUACUUAGCUACCCCUAACUAACUACAACAAGGUUUAGUAGGUUUUGGUGAAGCCAUGGCAGAUGAGAGUACUCAGUUCUGUAACAACUGCAAGCAUGACAUCCCCGAGGCUAAUUUCACCACACACGAAAUCCACUGUCGAAGAAACAUCGGACUGUGUGACGUUUGCCAUGAACCAAUGCCUCGGUCAGAGCUGCAGAAACACAAGGAGCAGGAUCAUAUUCAGAUUAAAUGCAAGUGUGGCUUGAAGAUGGAUAAGAAUUGCAUUGAUGUCCACCAGAGAUCUGAAUGUCCUCAGCGUCUGGUUCCCUGUCAGUACUGCGACCUUGAGCUUGUUUUCAGUCAGUCAAAAGAGCAUGAGGAUUAUUGUGGCACGCGUACUGAGCCCUGCCCUUUUUGCAAGUGCAAUGUAAUGCUGAGGGAGCAAGUUGUCCAUCCAGCCUUAUGUGGAAGCCUUACACCACCCCAGGAAAGGAACAACAGUAGAACGAGUCACAGCCCACCAGAACCGCAGACUCCAGGGGCCUGGUUUGAAACCCACUCUAUCCGAAAUCUCCUGAAAGCUCAAGAGAGAGGUCCCAAGAAUAGCAACCUUAGUGCAGCAGAGGGUCGAACCUUUCCAAGGCCACUUGAUACCAGAAUUUACAACAGCACCUGGGGACCACCAGGCCUUGGAGACAGGAAGAACAAUGCCCCUAGGAAUACGGCAAUUAGUCGCUUGCUUGAACAGGAAGAGGACAACAACAAUCAUGCUUGGCCUCUUUUGAACCAGUCAGUAGAAGAUGACUCGUCGAGUCUGGACUAUCUGGUGGCCCUUAGUCUACAGAGUGAUGGGGAAACUGGGGGCCAAGGUGGAGAAGGAGGCCUGUGGAAUGAUGUCUGGAGCCACAAACUUGGAAAGACACCUAACAUGUCCCUCUUUCCACCAGACUCUCCUCCCAAGAACCGUUACCAACGUCUUGCUGCUGGAACAAGCACAAGUGCAUUCAAGGACCCUGAUAAGACAGAUAUCAUGCUGCCUUGCGAGUUUUGUGAAGAGCUGUUUCCUGAAGAGGACCUAAUAUUGCAUCAGACUGGGUGCAGUCCAGCCUCAGCUUUUGCCUCCUUCAGCAAGCAACCUCCAUCUCCACUUGAUGGGGACAGAAUGACCAGGAGUGGUGGAGGAUUGAUGCACAGCAUGCCUGACACCCUCGCCUCCAACCUCCCAACUUUUCCCCGCUCAGUGUCUCCACCGUCCUACAGUCCCCCAGCAAGUCCACUAGAAGGUGAUCUGGUAAUUCCAUGUGAAUUCUGUGGUGUAGCCCUAGAGGAGUCGGUCGUCUUCCACCAUCAGGAUAAAUGUGACCUCCGACCCCGAGCAGUGCAUCCAGCGAAUAAUCUCACAAAAGCAUCCUUUCAAAAACCACUGAUUCCUGCAAAAGAUGCCUUUAGGCAGAGUUCUCCAGAUUUACAGAGAAGACUGAAGCACCAAGCUGACCCCUUGGAUGAGCUCUUUGGAUCUGUCAGGGACAAACCGCUGAUGCAAAGCUUCAGGGAAUGCCACAGUGAACUGCCAACUCAAGUAAAACCGUCCAACUUCGAUUUUCGUGUGAGAAGCAUACAUGGAAGAGAGGCAGAGGGGACUUGCCCACCUUUCAGUGACACACACAAAUCUACGUCUACACCUUUAAAGGGGUCAACAAAAUGUACCAGAUAACAAGGAAGGGUGGAGAAAAGGAAGGACUCCAGGGACAAAGUUGCCUAAGAAGCAAAAUGAUGAGCAGCAAGAGGAGUGAGAGCAGCAUCGCGGUGAAAACGAUGCUUACCAAACAUCACCAGACAUCGGUUUGUCUCCAUUCUCUUUCUCUUAUCUGCCUGUUUCUGUCUCUGCCUUUCUUUCUCUCUGGUCUAACUUCUAUCUGUCUUUGGCUAUGUUUAACUAAUCUGAUAAGUGCCUGCGUUAAGAAGCAGAUAUCUGGUCGUUUAAGAAGAUUUUUAAACAUUGUAUUCUAAUUAAUGGUCAGUCUUGCUCAUUUUUUUUCUUUUUUAGGCUUACUCCAGGUUUGAUUAAAUUUCAGCCUCACGUGACAAAUUAUGUUAAAAAAACAAUGUUUUACUCUGAUUUUUUUUAAUGUAUCUGGAUUGUUUUCAUUUAAUGUUGAAAUCAAACAUGAGCAUUUUUUUUGUUAUUUUUUUGACUUUAAUCUUGUCACUUAAGGGUCUGUUUCAUUGUCCUGUUACAGUUUUCUGAUAAAUUGUUUUUGAUUAUUUUAAUUUAUGUAACCUUUUAGCACUUUCCAAUUAGAGGAUUCUUUAUCAAGGGCUUGAGGAACAGAUUUCAAAAAGGUAUGCUUUAUUUAUGCACCUGAGCAAGAAAAAAAAAUCAAACCUUUCUCUGCUAUACUGAGUGAUAUUCUUUGAUGGAUUUUUCAAAUAUCAUACGAAUGCUCUCCAUAAAAUUGUGAUAUAAUAGAUGUCUAUAUACCCGACACCCAAUAUCUGUAUUUCGUGUUUGACUGAAGUUGUUGGGAGAUAGGUGGGUUGUGCUCUAAACCCAAAAACAAGUAAUGGUUUUAUUAAUCAAAUAAUUUCUAUGUCCUUAUAUAUGUACUUAUUGUGUUGAUUUUAGAAAUGCUUAACUAAAAAUGAAGGAUUUGAUUACUCUGAGAUUGGGCCAUAGAUGUACCGUUUUUGUUGGUUUGUUUUUUUUUUUUUUCCAAAUUGAAAAUAAACAAUUUUCUUGGUU